AUGGGGACAGAGAAAGUUAACCCAUUCUCUACAAAAGUCGAGACGGGAUCAACCGACUUUGGAAACAUCACCUACGAGUAUCCGGGCGUCCACGCUUAUUACGCCAUCGAUUGCUCGCCCAAUAUAAUUAUGCACCACCAGGGCUUUACGGAAGCCUCGGGCACAGACGAGGCCUUUAAUCCUGCUGUGCAGGUUGGGGCUAUUGUUGCUCUAACGGCGUGGGACCUGCUCACCGAUGACGCUUUCUUUGAGGUUAAGAAGGAAUGGGGGGUGAAGUUGGCCAAGCAUCUUUCUAUGUAG